AUGGCGUACAAUCGACUCGGAGACUAUCCAGAACAGAUGGAUCACCGCGGGAGUCCGUACCGGACCCCGUCGCCUGGCCAUCCCCUCCAGCAGGGCUACCAGCUCGAGGAGAAUCCAUACAACCAACAACAGCGACUGACGCCCGGCCCUCAAGGCCAAUAUCAACGAUACGGCACGCCGAGCGACCAGCUUGACAUUAAUGCGGCGCACUCCGUCGACAACCUGUCGUAUGGCGGCCACCACCAAGGCGGCUAUGGCGAUACGGUCGUCAACCCCGAGCUGAUGCACGACGAGUACGGCGGGAGGCACGCGACGUAUCCCAACCAGCCGCCUCACGACGAUGGCUACUACGACCAGCGGCCCCACGACGAUGGGCACGGAUACGACCUCGACGACCGGCGGCCGAUGCUCGAGCACCAGAACUCCGCCUUCGAGGACGCCUACCACGACCAGCCGCCGCAACAGCAGCAGCAGAUGGGCCCGGGCAUCAAGCGCUGGAAGACGGUCAAGCAGGUCCUGCUGUACCGCGGGAACCUGGUCCUCGACUGCCCCGUGCCGCCGAUCCUGCUCCAGCAGAACCCCCACGGCGAGCGCGACGAGUUCACCCACAUGCGCUACACGGCGGCGACCUGCGACCCGUCCGACUUCUACAACGAAAACUUUACGCUGCGGCAGAAGCUGUUCAGCAAGCCGCGCCACACGGAGCUCUUCAUCGUCGUGACCAUGUACAACGAGGACGACGUUUUGUUUGCGCGCACCAUGAUUGGCGUCUUCAAGAACAUCGAGUACAUGUGCAACCGGCCCAACAGCAAGACGUGGGGCUCGGACGCCUGGAAGAAGAUCGUCGUGUGCGUCGUCAGCGACGGCCGCUCCAAGAUCAACCCCCGCACCAAGGCCGUGCUCUCUGGCAUGGGCGUCUACCAGGAGGGCAUCGCGAAGCAGCAGGUCAACGGCAAGGACGUGACGUCGCACAUCUACGAGUACACCACGCAGACCCACCUGACGCUCAAGAACGACGUCGUCGGCCUCGUCCACAAGCGCCAGCCCGUGCAGAUGCUCUUCUGCCUCAAGGAGAAGAACCAGAAGAAGAUCAACUCGCACCGCUGGUUCUUCCAGGCCUUUGGGCGCGUCCUCGACCCCAACAUCUGCGUCCUGCUCGACGCCGGCACCCGCCCCGGCGGCAACUCCAUCUACCACCUGUGGAAGGCCUUUGACCUGGAGCCCAUGUGCGGCGGCGCCUGCGGCGAGAUCAAGGCCAUGCUGGGCACGGGUGGCAAGAACCUCAUCAACCCGCUCGUCGCGACGCAGAACUUUGAGUACAAGAUGAGCAACAUCCUCGACAAGCCCCUCGAGUCGGCAUUUGGCUUCAUCUCCGUGUUGCCGGGCGCCUUCUCGGCGUAUCGCUACGUCGCGCUGCAAAACGACAAGAACGGCAAGGGACCCCUGGAAAAGUACUUCUUGGGCGAGACGCUGCACGGCGGCAGCAGCGCCGGCCUGUUCGAGUCCAACAUGUACCUGGCCGAGGACCGUAUCCUCUGCUUCGAGCUCGUCACCAAGCGCAACUGCCACUGGAUCCUGCAGUACGUCAAGUCGGCCAACGGCGAGACGGACGUGCCCGACACCGUCACGGAGCUGGUGCUGCAGCGCCGCCGCUGGCUCAACGGCUCCUUCUUCGCGGCCAUCUACGCCAUCGCCCACUUCCACGAGUUCUUCCGCUCCGACCACUCGAUGCUCCGAAAGCUGGCUUUCUUCGUCGAGUUUGUCUUCCAGACCGUCAACAUGAUCUUUGCGUGGUUCGCUAUCGGCAACUUCUUCUUAGUAUUCAAAAUUUUGACGACCAGUCUGGGCAACAAGGACCUCCUGGGCAAGACGGGCGAGAUUCUCGGCGUUGUCUUCACCUGGCUGUACGGCGUGUGUCUCAUCACCUGCUUCGUACUGUCCAUGGGUAAUCGACCGGCCGGCUCUGGAAAGCUGUAUAGUGCCAUGGUGUGGUUCUGGGCGUGCAUCAUGAUAUACCUCAUGUUUGCGGCCAUCUUCAUCGCUGUCAAGGCCAUCAUCGCCGACGUCAACGACGCCGACGGCUUCAGCAUCGACCAGCUAUUCAAAAAUCCAGUCUUCUACACGCUCAUCAUCUCCGUCAUGUCGACGUUUGGCAUCUGGCUCAUCGCGUCGCUCAUCAUGUUCGACCCGUGGCACAUGAUCACGUCGUUUGUGCAGUACAUGCUCCUCACGCCGACGUACACCAACGUGCUCAACGUGUACGCGUUCUGCAACACGCACGACGUCUCGUGGGGCACAAAGGGCGACGACAAGGUGGAGAAGCUCCCCUCGGUCAACACAAAGGACGGCCAGGGCAAGACGGACCUCCCCGACGAGGGCGACCUCAACGCCCAGUACCAGCGCGAGAUUUCCCUCUUCAGCACAAAGUUCAAGGCCGUCAAGACGCCCCCCACGGCGGCGCAGCUGCAGGAGAAGCAGAUGGACUACUACCGCGGCGUGCGCACCGGCGUCGUCCUCAUCUGGAUGAUCACCAACUUUGCCCUCGCCGCCGUGGUCCUCAGCUCCGCGGGGCUCGAGAAGAUUACCCCCACGCGCGGCUCCCUCGAGGACGAGCAGCUCUCCCGCUCAAACAUCUACAUGACGAUUGUGCUGUGGAGCGUCGCCGUCCUCAGCGGCUUCAAGUUCCUCGGCGCGCUGUGGUUCCUCAUCGUGCGCAUGUUUAGAGGCGUCUAG